AUGCGCUGCCGGGUAGGGAAGGGCCGUUGGACUGUCAUGAUAUGCCGUAGCUCCCGCGAGGGUCGCUACGGAGAGGCCCUCGACCUCCUCCGCGACCUGCAGCGGCGCGGCCAGCGGCCGGGGCAUUUCAUCUUACCCAGCCUCCUCCGGGCCUGCGGAGGCCUCUCAGACCUCGGAACCGGGGAGAAGCUCCACGGGUCCGCCAUCCGGUCGUCCUUCGACGCGGACGUCUUCGUGAGCUGCGCUCUGAUCGACAUGUACUCCAGGUGCGGCCACAUUGACGGAGCCCGUAAGGUGUUCGACACAGCGGCCCAACGAGACACGGUCGUGUGGAACUCCAUGCUCGCGAGCUACGUCCGCCUGGGCUUCGCCGGUGAUGCGAUGCGCUUAUUCGUGAGCAUGGUGACCGGGGGUCUCCACCCGGAUCUCACCACCUGGAACUCCCUGAUCUCCGGGUGCUCCUCCAGCGGAGCUCUCAAGAUUGCCAAGUACCUAUUCAGAUCGAUGAAAUUCCAUGGAGUCGACCCUGACGUCUUUUCCUGGACUUCCCUCAUUGGCGGGCUUGUGAGAGAUUUCCGUGGGCAAGACGCCUUCGAGGCGUUCAGACGAAUGAUGGUGGUGCCAGGCGUCCAGCCGAGCUCAGCGACGGUCAGCAGCCUGCUCCCCGCAUGCGCCAAUCUCGCCGACGAUAGACGCGGGGCGGCACUGCACGCCUACGCGGUUGUGACGGGCGUCGAAGAAGAUUUGUUCGUCAGCAGUGCCCUGGUGGACAUGUACUCCAAAUGCGGUUUUCUACACGAAGCGGCCAAGAUGUUCAAUAGAAUGCGCCAUAGAAGCACGGUAUCGUGGAAUUCCAUGAUUUUCGGUUACGCCAACAACGGAAGUUCCACCGAGGCUGUAAAUAUCUACAACCAGAUGAGGAAGGACGGCGUGGAUCCCGACCAUCUGACCUUCACGGCUCUCUUGACGGCUUGCAGCCAUGGCGGGCUGGUCGAGCUGGGCAUGGCGUUCUUCCGUUCCAUGCAGGAAGAACGCGGGAUCGAGCCAAGAGCAGAGCACUACGCCUGCAUGGUUGAUCUCCUAGGCCGCGCCGGGCGCCUCCUCGAGGCUCUUGAUUUGAUCGAGGGGAUGCCUGUGGCGCCGGAUAUCUUCGUGUGGGGGGCUCUGCUGGGGGCCUGUCGGAACCACGGCAACGUGGAGGUGGCGGUGGUGGCGGCUUCUCACCUGCUCAAGGUUGAAACCGAGCGACGAGGUAGCUACUUGAUGAUGUCUGGCAUCCUUGCUGGCUCCGGGAGGUGGGAAGACGCUGUGAGGAUGAAGAUGAUGGCGAAGAGGCAGACAUUGAGGGGGAACCCAGGGUGCAGUUGGAUAACCACUCCGUGA